AUGUUCAAAUUGCUGACAACGCUUAAAUACACUCCAAGUGAAAGUGAGCGUGUGGCGGAUGGCGUGUACUUAUGGGAAAGCCAUAUGCAUCGCUUGCGUGAAGGUGUUGAUGCGUUGAGCCCAUUCUCUGCCUCGGAUUUGAGAGAAAGCGACGUAACUAAUGAAUUGGCCCAUUCAAUUGGUCUUGCAAAUGGUCUUAAUCAAUCUCAUAGAGUCUCUGUAACUCUCGAUCCAAGCACACUGGAAGUUUCAGCAACAGCAACAGAGCUCAAAAGUAUGCCUGAUUAUCCUGUGAAUGUCGUGAUAGACAAAGAACCCACGAGGUCAUAUUCCAAGGUGCUGCCAUACAAGAGUAACAAUAGGCGCAUUUAUUUGCAAUCAAAGCUAAGGAAUGGUGUUUCAUACUCGACAGUUCGAGAUAGCACGUUUGACGUUCUAAUGCACAACAAAAAUGGAUACGUUACUGAGACGACCAUUGCAAAUAUCUUCUACAAGUUCAACAAUGACGACACAUGGUACACUCCUCCAGUGGAAGAUGGUUUGCUGCCAGGAUUAAUGAGGAGUCAUCUCCUUGAUAUUGACUUCUGCUCAGAACGUUCGUUGUACAUAUCUGAGCUCACUAGGAAUCACAUAAAAUUAAAAGCUGCAAACGCUUUAAGAGGAUUGUUCGAUAUACAAAUUACAGAUAACCAAGGUUCACUUAUUCCUUGUACCCCAACGCCUAUGAUGGAAGCACCAGCGAACUUACCCAAGUUGAUAGUAUUUGAUUUAGAUUACACUUUAUGGGAUCUAUGGAUAGAUACUCACAUUUCUGGACCGAUAAAACCAUCAUCAAAUUACAACGAGGUAAUUCCAAGACGAGGAUCGCCCUUUGGAUUCUACAGAGAUGUCCCAGAAAUGCUACAGCGCUUGAAGAGUGAAGGAAUUGAAAUUGCAGCAGCGAGUAGAACAGCAGCACCGGAUUAUGCUUACGAUGCACUUAAGCAUCUCAAACUAAAGAAUAGGAGUGGUGGUGAUAAUAUCAGCGCAAAGUCUCUGUUCGAUUACACUGAGGUAUACCCCGGCUCCAAGGUGAAGCAUUUCCAGAAGCUUGCAAAGAAAUCUGGCUUUGCGUAUGAGGACAUGCUAUUUUUUGAUGAUGAGUCUAGGAACAAGGAGGUUGAGUCGCUUGGUGUAACAUUUCAGCUGGUUGGCGUUAGUGGCACGGAUGAAAACACUUUGCAGAAAGGAGUCAAAGCCUGGAGACAGCGUCGUGGGAUUAGCUGA